AUGCCACACAGAAUGAUCCAAACAGCAGACCCUACGCAGUUGCUGCACUCUCACUCGUUCACGAGGACCUCUCUGACCGAAGAACUGCUGACCGAGCCGGCUGAAGCCGAGCAACGCACGCCGAGACAGACGGCAGACCCUACGCAGUUGCUGCACUCUCACUCGUUCAUGAGGACCUCCCUGACCGAAGAACCGCUGACCGAGCCGGCUGAAGCCGAGCAACGCACGCCGAGACAGACGGCAGACCCUACGCAGUUGCUGCACUCUCACUCGUUCAUGAGGACCUCCCUGACCGAAGAACCGCUGACCGAGCCGGCUGAAGCCGAGCAACGCACGCCGAGACAGACGGCAGACCCUACGCAGUUGCUGCACUCUCACUCGUUCAUGAGGACCUCCCUGACCGAAGAACCGCUGACCGAGCCGGCUGAAGCCGAGCAACGCACGCCGAGACAGACGGCAGACCCUACGCAGUUGCUGCACUCUCACUCGUUCAUGAGGACCUCCCUGACCGAAGAACCGCUGACCGAGCCGGCUGAAGCCGAGCAACGCACGCCGAGACAGACGGCAGACCCUACGCAGUUGCUGCACUCUCACUCGUUCAUGAGGACCUCCCUGACCGAAGAACCGCUGACCGAGCCGGCUGAAGCCGAGCAACGCACGCCGAGACAGACGGCAGACCCUACGCAGUUGCUGCACUCUCACUCGUUCAUGAGGACCUCCCUGACCGAAGAACCGCUGACCGAGCCGGCUGAAGCCGAGCAACGCACGCCGAGACAGACGGCAGACCCUACGCAGUUGCUGCACUCUCACUCGUUCAUGAGGACCUCCCUGACCGAAGAACCGCUGACCGAGCCGGCUGAAGCCGAGCAACGCACGCCGAGACAGACGGCAGACCCUACGCAGUUGCUGCACUCUCACUCGUUCAUGAGGACCUCCCUGACCGAAGAACCGCUGACCGAGCCGGCUGAAGCCGAGCAACGCACGCCGAGACAGACGGCAGACCCUACGCAGUUGCUGCACUCUCACUCGUUCACGAGGACCUCCCUGACCGAAGAACCGCUGACCGAGCCGGCUGAAGCCGAGCAACGCAGGCCGAGACAGACGGCAGACCCUACGCAGUUGCUGCACUCUCACUCGUUCACGAGGACCUCCCUGCCCGAAGAACCGCUGACCGAGCCGACUGAAGCCGAGCAACGCACUCCGAGACAGACGGCAGACCCUACCCAGUUGCUGCACUCUCACUCGUUCACGAGGACCUCCCUGACCGAAGAACCGCUGACCGAGCCGGCUGAAGCCGAGCAACGCACUUCGAGACAGACGGCAGACCUUACGCAGUUGCUGCACUCUCACUCGUUCACGAGGACCUCCCUGCCCGAAGAACCGCUGACCGAGCCGGCUGAAGCCGAGCAACGCACUUCGAGACAGACGGCAGACCCUACGCAGUUGCUGCACUCUCACUCGUUCACGAGGACCUCCCUGACCGAAGAACCGCUGACCGAGCCGGCUGAAGCCGAGCAACGCAGGCCGAGACAGACGGCAGACUCUGUCAGUACCUCCACGAACCCUGUGAAUCGGCUGGGCAUUACACACGUUUGCUCGAGCUUUAUCUGGUCGCAUUUGUUUGUCAGACGCAGUUGCUACACUCGCACUCCUCCAUUAAGACGUCUCUGA